CUGAUUGAGCAAUUUGAAAACCUAACUCACGAGUUUAAGAGCUUUAGAAAUAGCACCGAUCAAAACAUUAGAAACAUAAAGGAACUUGCGGAAACUAGUGAUAGAAACCGUUCGAAAGAAAUACGCGAUCUUGCAGAAACCAUGGAAAUAAAAUACGAUACCGAGACCGACCAGUCGCUAAUCAACACCCAUUUAGAAACUGCUGCUGAUAACGUAACGGAUGACGAAACUGACGGGCCGAACGCUUCACAAAGACCACGAGCCGCAUCUAACCGCGCCGCGAUUAAACCAAGAAACAACUACAAUGAAGAUCAAGGCCUCGAAGUAGAUAAGGCCAUACGAACUGUCGAGACACUACGAGGUCGAGAUGACGAAAGCGUUGAAGAUUUCAUUUUAUCGGUCCGCAAAGCAAGAGCUAGGUGCAAGGCUAGUGACAGAGAGUUAUUAUUAGAUCUCAUACUGAUCGAAAGGAUUACCGACAACGCGAAACGAAACAUACGAUAUCUAAAAAUCAACUCGUUCGAAGACUUAUAUUCAUGCUUAAGACAACACGUAUUGACACCAACAACUAUUAGCAAUUGUAGGGACAAAUUAAAGAAUUUAAAAGAAGGGGCAACAGAAAGUGUACAAUCUUUCAACUCCAGAUUCCGACAACAGCUAAACGAAUUAAAUUACGCAGUUCAAAACGAAAACCGCACACCAACAGAACGACGCGUAGCUAUAGAUAUUGAAGAACGCGAAGCACUUAAAACCUAUUUGCUCAACUUACGAUACGAGAUAGGACAGAUGGUAGUAUCUAGCGAUCCAAAGAACCUGAACCUUGUCCAACAACUAGCAGCCGACAGAGAACAAUGGUUACGAGAAGCAAAUCCUGUCGCCAACCGCCCAAAGAAUCAAUCUCACAACACUACUAGUAUCCAAGCGAACUACUACCGAUCCACAACCACAAUCUUUUGCUCAGCUACCUAGCCGACCAUUAGACGACCGCAUGAAACCGAAGUGUCCGAAGUGUUUACGAACUGGACACACAGCCGAAAACUGCCACUCUCGAAAUUUUCCAUUCGCCAACCAAGGAAAGAUUCCACCCCGAGUAAACCAAACAACAGAGAACCCAGAGGAAGCUUACCUCGAGUCAACUGCACCACCACUGGAAGAUUACUAUCAAUCGUACUGCAACGAAGAGACGGAGGAAGAGCCAGAUUCCUCGUCGAUAACGGAGCAGGAAUCAACCUUAUAAAAGAAAAAGCCUCACUAAACGUCCAAACCUCUAACCCAAAGACCUUCCUAAUGGGAAGUGACAAACAUACCACUAACAAAAUUUGCAAUUUAACUAUGCUCAAGAAAAAUCAUCAAUUCCACGUAGUCCCUAACAACUUUCCUCUAAUCGAAGAUGGAAUAAUCGGACUCCCAUUCCUUACAAAGUACCAAUACAGCGUCACUAACAAUAAACUAACCUUAGACGACAUUAUAUUACCAUUCCAGAAAAGCGAUUGCAAGAUAAGACCAGGCGAAACUUUAAUUUCACCCUAAUACAUCGAAGGAAAGCCCACAGCAGUAUGUUUCAUCAACACUGGUAAGCAAAUCUGUCACAUUAAAAACGAAAUAGAGAAACCCGAUAAACUAAGCCAAAUUAAUA